GCUGGCCGCGGUGUGUGGGCGGGGCCAGCGGGGGGCGGGGCCGUGCCUGCGCAGUUGAUGCUCGGAGGGGAAGGCAGCGGAGAGGUGCUAGAAUGACCCGCUGCACCGGGCGCCUCGUACCCUGCCGCUGGACCCUCUGGACUCGCAGCGAUGUCAGGACGGGACCAAUGAGCACAAGGCCACAAGUGCAGCGCCCAUGAUGCCAGAGUGUGGCUCACGAUGGCCACCCUAGCAAGAAUGGCUGACACGUUGUAUGAAGCUGUCAACACCGGGGAUGUGGACGCUGUGAUGGAUUUGCUGAAGAAAGGUGCAAAUGUAAAUGUCCUUCCAUCAUGUGGACGCACAGCUCUAGGACGCGCAGCACAAUUGGGACACCUGGCCAUCGUGUGUCUCCUUCUGGAUGCCGAAAAAUUCUACUCUACGCCAGAAGAGGAAGAUGUAGACACUGAAUCCUUGUUUUCAUGUGUCUCAUCAAGCUCUAGUUCCCUUGUAGGGCUAGCCUCAGGGGUGACCUCAUGUGCCUCCAGAGGGACACUGCCUCAGGACCAAAGGCAGUCCCCAACCACCACAGGGGCCACAGCAGCAGCCUCCUCCAUAGCUAAUCUCCGUCCAACACUUGGAGGCACGCUGCUGAGUCCACAGGGACACAAAUGUUGUUCUCCAAGCAUUGACUCUGAAACGUGCACGUGUAGUGAUGAGUUAUGGGGUCUAGACCUUAGUGACUCCAACCAGCAGAGUGACUGGGAGCCUGGUCGCUGCAACAGGGAGCUCCCAAGUAAUAACAAUGAAGAAGCCUCGGAAGUAGCUAUUCAAGACCCGUGCAGUGUUCCCUUGUGUAGCCAUACAACGAGUCCAUACACACCAAGCAACAUCGGCUAUUAUGUCUUUGAAUACAGAGAAGAAGAGGAAGACACUGGGGAAUCGUCAGGGCCUGUUGUCUCAUCUACGGAAGACUCAGACUCUGCCAUGAUUGGGGAGCGGCGCCACCAAUACCACCCCCACCGCCAGUCAUCCUCAGUCCUGCUGCAGCGUACUCUUGGCCGUGGACGGGCAAACAUUGUCUCCUCUGAUUCUGAAUUUGAAACAGAAAACAGACGGCGGAGAAGACAUGCUCGCCACAACCACCGUUCGCAUCGCCAUGAUAGGGAAAAUGGUCGACACAAACCAAUAGUUAACUCGCAUCGAUCAAACCCUUGGUUGGCUCAGCUCCAUUCAGAGUAUAUGUCUUUAGGCCUUCCCUCCCCCUGGACCCCAAGCCGCAGCUGUGACAUUAACCAGCAGGAUGCCUAUGGAAGGUCAGCAUUGCAUUAUGCUACAGAACAAGGCCACACAUAUAUUGUUCAUAUGCUUAUCAAGGCAGGGGUGCGCGUAGACACUCCCGACGCUGAGCACAUGACGGCACUCCAUUUAGCGGUGCAGCGGGGGCUGGUGGAGGUGAUCACCCUACUGCUGGAGGGGGGAGCCAAAGUUAACAAUAAAAUGAAUGAUAAGAGUUCUCCCCUGCACAUUGCGGCAUCCAGAGGCUACACAGACAUUGUGGAGGUGCUGUUGUGUCACGGAGCAAAGAUAGACUCCCUUGACAGCUCUGAUCGCACAGCCCUGAUUGUGGCUGUCUCGCGCUCUAAUGUCAAAGUGGUGCAGCUCUUGCUUGAACGGGGAGCAAAAGUUAACAUAGAAGAAAUUCAUGGCUACACUCCCCUCUGUGAGGCUGUGUGGCACAAGGACGUGAGGCUGGUUCAGAUGCUCCUGGUAGCAGGAGCCAAGGUCACUCAGUCCCACUACCUGCUCCAUUACGCUGUCCUUCACAGGCACUAUCAGCUGGCUGAACAGCUACUCAGCGCCCGUUGCAUUGUCAACCUUCGGGAUGACAAUGGGGAUACGCCACUCAUUAUUGCUGCCCGCACCUGCCAGCCCACCAUCAUCAAGUUGUUGCUCAAAAAUGGUGCCAACACCAACUAUCCCAAUGGCCUGACUGGUACUACUCCACUACACGAGGCGGUGGAGGGUACAAGAGAUGCUCAAUUUGUAGACUUCAGCAUGGUCUUCUCUCUCCUAUGCAUUCACGGUGCUCGUCUGGAUGUGGAAACAAUCACAAAUGGAGACACCCCUCUGUAUAGAGCCCUGCUACUCGAGAAAAAUAAAGCAGCUGCUCUUCUUAUACGACACGGUUGUAAUGUCAAUCAUCGCACUCCCACUGCCACACCUGACUACCUUCACAUGGUGGCUCUGCGAGGUAACUCCUCACUGGCCACACUGCUGCUGCUGGCAGGCUUCAAACUCUGGCGUGCCGACUGGCUGAGUGGAAUCUUUACUCCUGGCACUCUCAUGUCGAGACUGGCAACUGUCAGGUUACAACCACUCACGUUAGCUGAUCUCUGCCGGAUUCACAUCCGCCAGUGGUUUGGUGAACGUCUACGCAUCAGUCUGGAAGCUUCUUCACUGCCAGCAAGAGUUGUUAGAUUUCUCAUGUUGGAGGACGUAGAAGUAGAUCUCUGACAUGAGAAUAUCUUUUUUUGUUGGAUUUAAUAAAAUUUUAUUACUACGUAUUUACUAAUUAUAUUAUAGAUCCAUUAAAGGUUUUUAACCAUAUAUAGAGUAGUUGUUUUAUACACAUUACAGGUAAAGAAAAUGUGUUGGUAAUACAUAACUAGAUAGAAUAAAGAUUAACAGGAAGCAUGUAAAGUAAAGAUAAGGGCUUUCCUGUUGUCACCUUUACAUGUGACAAGAUAUCAAGCUCAAAGACUUUUUUUUAUAUUGAAAUUCAUGCUUCAAACAAUAAGGACAAACUAUCCAUUCAAUGGGCCACUCCCAUCAAGACAAUGAAUUUCAACUGAUUUAAAUGAACCCCAAACCUUAGAUAGAAUUUAGAUAUAUGCUGAUGCUAUAGUUUCUUGAUGUGACAUGUCUCCUUAUAUUGUCAAUAUAUAACAAAAAUCCCCUAAGUUUCUUCCAUUCAAACUCUUACAAUAUUUUGUCAUCACUUAUGCCUUCUAAUUUUCAGCUUGCCAGCUUUUCUUAAAGCUUUAGUCUAAACCUUUCAGCUUCUCAUAGCUUGUAAACACAUCAGUCAAGCAAGUGCGAGGCAAUACAAAACAAUUUCACAUGCUUACACUGGUAUUUCUCAGUUGCCUUUUGCAGUAUGCAAAUGCAGACCAUGGACAUGCACACAUGUGAAUAUUUCUGUUACACAGCCACUGGUUUAGGAAUAUGUAUAUACAAAUAAUGGGCCACUGAAAGUACCGAGUACUUUCAGAUCAUAAUCUCAGUCCUUCAGUACUGAGAUUGUGAUCUUUAACAGACAAAAAGUUGAGAUCAGAUUUCCAGAUGAAACUGUUCACUUCCUGAAUGACAUGAGGUCAUAAGGCUGUUUGCACCACAAAUAGAGAGAGAAUUAUAGGGUUGCCAGUGCCACACAUUACGAUUCAUACACCAUAUUUUAUGUUCAUAAACUAUACUGCAGUUUGACCUACUUAAGAGCAGGGAACAGAUUAUGAUAAUGAUGGUGAUGAUAAUGAAGAUGAUGAGAUGAACUAGGAAAAUAUUUUAUAAUUGUUUAAAUUCUCAUGUCUUCCUUAAGGCAGUGUUAAUAUAUAGGAUAUGUGAAAACCUCAGCAUCACCAUUACUCCAUUAAAUGCCUUGUACAAAAGAAGAGGUAAAUCUAAACAUGACAGUAAGGAUUGUGAAUAUACUGAUGCUUUCACUGGA